AGCCGGGACGGGGCGGGAGCGGGGGCGGGAGCCCGUGUUCCGGGUCAGGCGCGGGAAUGCGCGGCGGCCGCCAGCAGCGCAGCGCCGGGCGCCGCGCGCCGCCCGCGGGGGGAGCGCAGCGGGCCGCCGAGCGACAAUAGCGGGGCGCCGCCGCCCCGCGCGCGCCCAUUGUUCCGCCGGGGCCGCCUUCCCCUGCCCGCGGCGCGCUGGAUGCGGGCUGCCGCCGCCGGCACCCGCGCUGCGAGGCGGAGCGGCGGCGCGGCGCGGCGGUGAGCGGCGGCGGCCGGACCCGCGGCGAUGUUCCACUGCAUCCCCCUGUGGCGGUGCAACCGCCAUGUGGAGGCCAUCGACAAGCGGCACUGCUCGCUGGCCGCCGUGCCCGAGGAGAUCUACCGCUACAGCCGCAGCCUGGAGGAGCUCCUGCUGGACGCCAACCAGCUCCGCGAGCUGCCCAAGCCUUUCUUCCAACUUGUGAAGUUACGGAAACUAGGACUUAGUGAUAAUGAAAUCCAGCGACUCCCUCCAGAAAUAGCUAAUUUCAUGCAGCUGGUGGAACUUGAUUUAUCUCGAAAUGAUAUUCCUGAAAUACCAGAAAGCAUCUCAUUCUGCAAAGCACUACAGGUAGCAGAUUUCAGUGGGAAUCCACUGACUAGGUUGCCUGAAAGCUUUCCUGAACUGCAGAAUCUAACGUGUCUUUCAGUAAAUGACAUCUCUUUGCAAGCACUACCUGAAAACAUUGGGAAUCUUUAUAACCUGGCUUCGCUGGAACUUAGAGAAAAUUUGCUGACAUAUUUACCUGAAUCACUUGCCCAGCUACAGCGGCUAGAAGAACUUGAUUUAGGAAACAAUGAACUUUAUCACUUGCCAGAAACAAUUGGUGCACUUUUCAAUCUUAAAGACCUCUGGUUGGAUGGAAACCAAUUGGCCGAAAUACCUCAGGAAGUAGGAAACCUGAAAAACCUGCUUUGUCUGGAUGUUUCUGAAAAUAAAUUGGAAUGUCUUCCUGAAGAAAUUAAUGGUCUGGCUUCUUUAACAGACUUGCUUGUUUCUCAGAAUUUACUUCAGGUCUUACCUGAUGGCAUUGGAAAAUUGAAGAGACUGUCCAUCUUGAAGGUUGAUCAGAAUAGACUUAUUCAGCUAACAGAUGCGGUUGGAGACUGUGAAAGCCUUACUGAAUUAGUUCUAACAGAAAACCAACUGCUGACAUUGCCGAAGAGCAUUGGCAAACUAAAGAAGCUGAACAAUUUAAAUGCUGAUAGAAACAAAUUAACUUCUUUACCCAAAGAGAUUGGGGGGUGCUGCAGUCUUAACGUCUUUUCUGUACGUGACAACAGAUUAUCUCGAAUUCCCUCUGAAAUUUCACAAGCCACUGAACUUCAUGUCCUGGAUGUUGCUGGAAACAGGCUGAUGUAUCUUCCCCUCUCACUGACUACCUUAAAGCUGAAGGCUUUGUGGUUGUCUGAUAACCAGUCCCAGCCUUUGCUGACGUUUCAGACUGACACAGACCCUGAAACAGGGGAAAAAAUUUUAACGUGUGUAUUACUUCCUCAAAUGCCUUCUGAGCCUGGUUGCCAAGAUAACCUGCCACGAUGUGGUGCAUUGGAGAGCUUGGUAAAUGAAAUGUCAGAUGAGACAUGGAAUGAGCGGGCGGUGAAUAGAGUCAGUGCAAUUCGUUUCUUAGAAGAUGAAAAAGAUGAAGAGGAUAAUGAAAUGGACUUUGUUAAGUGGCUUCCCAAGUCUCCCAAACUGUAUGUUGGCCAUAACUGGAGCUCCCAGGGCUCUCGCUGGGCCUCUUUAAAAGGAAAGGAAGGUUUCCAUGGUGGUAACAUGUACAAGCUCAGCUCUGCUAAUGGAAAAUGGAGGGAAGGAAGGAUCAGUCCUGAGCAAGAGGCGGAGGAGCUGGAGGAUCCCGAUGAGGAUGAACCUAUUUCCAAGUUUUCUGGCAGUCUUUUUGAUACUGAUGAUAACAUAAGGGAUCAAAGAAAUAUUAGAGCAGCCCUUCAAGAAAAGCACAAAGCAGCGAUGAAAGGGAGAACUUUUCCAAGGAUGAACAAUAGGAUGCAACCAUCUGUCUCAACAGCAGUGGAGACCAAGAGGUUUCCAGAGGACACGAGAGCUGCAGAAGUGGUGCAGCCCCCACUGAAGAUAACCAUUACUGUGUGCAGUCAAAUGGGGAGUCUUGGUAUUAGCAUUGCUGGUGGAAAGGGCUCAUCUCCAUAUAAAGACAAUGAUGAGGGGAUCUUGAUUGCACGGCUACCGAAAGAUGGCCCAGCAGAUUUGGCUGGGGUACGAGCAGGAGACAGAGUCGUGGAGGGAUCCCCCAUUUCAGAACCAAAUGUCCUUGAUGCUGGUCCUGCUGAAGCUUCACCUAAGAGCAGCCCCUUCCAGGCAGCAAACCAUGCCAUAACGAUACCGCGAAUAAUCCUCACACGCCCGUCAACUUCUGAUGAGGAUACCGACCAGUUGCCACCAGAUCCAGAGGACUUUGAGCCCGAAGAAACCGACAGCACAGAAGGCCAUGGCUAUUCAGACUGUCUGAACAAUGCUUUUUACCCUCCCUAAUAAACUACAUUUCUGGAAAGAGGCUUAUUUUUUUUUCUGUUGUUUGAUUAAAUUUAAUGUAGUACUUGAACCACUAUGCCUUAUUUGUAGGUAAAAACCAUUAUGCAGAGGAAGCAAUUUGAAUGGGGGGGGGGUGGGGAGAACAGCACCCAGGAUCGUAUUUAUUUGCCUUGAACUUUCCUUCGGCCGGAGCUUGUGCACUCGAAACAGGAUGUUCUGAGUGAGGUUAUGUGAAUGUCACCAAAUGGUUCAAUACCCACUCUAAAGUGCAUUUUACAGCAGCUAAAUGCAAUGAUGAAGGGGACAAAGGGUUUUUUCAUAGGGUACUCUACCCAUUUGGAAACAUGGUGAAAGCAACUGUGUAAGGUUUUUUUUUCUUUCUUUUUUUAAAUCUUGUGUCCAUGUUUUGUUGAUGUAGUUUACCCUUUGUUCUACCUGUGGGUUCCUUUGAAUUGUUCCUUUUAACGUUGUUUUCUAUCAGAAUAAAAAUUCUUUUUCUGUCUUAUAAA